AAGGAGUUUUGGGUAAUGAUUUUGAUAGGCAAGCCAAGCUGGAGCAACUGUUAGAGAAAGAAAUGACGGAAAAUAAAGAAAGGAGAAGAAAUAUUAGUGUUUGGAGCAAAGGAGAAGGUUUAGAUAGCGAAAUUGGACCAGAGGUGGUGGUAAAAACAAGUGGAAUUCCAUCAAUUCAUAGCAAAUCAAGGACUCUGAUGAGCAACAGAAGUAAUUUCAAUCGAUCAAAGCUCAGUCCAAUCAAGCCAAAAGCUCCAAGCACAACACCUAAAAUAAACAGAAGUUAUGAAGAUCUCGAAGAAAUGAUUGAGAUCGCAAUGAGAGGAGAUUACGAGCCCUCUAAAUUAUCUACUAAGAAGAAGUCUCAGUUCUCUAGAAGGACUCAAUCCCAUGCUGUGAUAGAUCGGAAAGUUUCUGUAGUCUCAAAUUCCAGCCACGAUUCCAGAUUCAUCCCCACAAUGAGAGAGAUAAAAUACCUCUUCGAAAAGCUAGUCCGUACCAAAUAUGAGAACGAAAUGAAGCCUGACCACGAGAAGAUGAUGGAGCAAGACUUCUCAGUCAAUGACGAGUCCCAGAAGAAUUUGUCUAGCGUAAAAGAUGACCAGUCCUCCUCGAGGCCCCAAACCGGAGAAACAGCUGCUGAGAAGCAUCAGAAUUAUAAAGAAGUUUCUAAAUAAAAAACUUCUCGAAUUUGGCAAAUCCAUUGCUGAGAAGAAGCCUAAGGACUUCAGAAAUAAAGAUUUUACGUUAAACUUCAAAUUUGGAGUUAGUGUUUUGAAGGAAGAGUUAGAUUUUGAGCCCCAAGGGACACUUAAUUUCUCAGACGGAAUCUUGCCGCCUCCUCAUCAUACUAAUCUAAGCAAGAUCGCUGACCCCAAGAAUAUGGAAAAGCGACUUUCUCAGUGUAGUAAAAUGAAACAAGAAAAUUUAGGCAAGAAAGAUCUCUCUUCGACAGGAGAAAUCAAAGAUUACUACAACGGUAAUGAUAAUUACCAGGAUGAUAUCCCAUUCGAUUUGUAUAAUGUAGUUGAGCUUGCUAGGAGGAUGGCAAAGCCAUACACAAUUCCUCAAGUAUCUGACAUCAAAAAGAUAGAUCAAGAAGCUAUCAACCUUGAUAUUCAGAGAAAUCAUCAGCGUGACUUCAACAGCAACUUUAACCCAGAUUUUCAAAAUAACGAAUUGUCACAUGAAUUUAAUGUGAUUGAGAACCCAUUGAGAUACUUUAGCAAUAAGAAUUUCUCGGAGCCUAUAAAUGACAAUGGGGCUAGAUCUAGUCAACCAAAUAGUCCUAAUAAUCGCUCCAGAGCUCAAUUUAGAGUCUUGAGCGACCAAGGUAUUAAGCUAAAUAACUCAACUAAAAAGACAGCUCAAAAACAGAAAUCAGUCCUUGCCCAAUCAAGAAAACUAAAAGCACAUAAACUAAACCCAUUGACUAAAAUCGCAAGGCUGUCGGCCAAUGGGCUGGUCGCGAGCCGGAACUGAAAGCAGCAUUGAAAGGCUAUGAGCCAGCCUCGCUUGCAAAACUCUAAGGCUCUAAAUUCUCACAAAGUGCCUGCCAAUGAUGAUCCGACCAUUCCAUACUUUCUACUUCCAUCAGGAAAGAAGUGUCCCACUGCCUCAUACCCAGAUUUAACCGUCCCAAGCUCAUUAAAAACAGGUUGGACUCAAGAAGGAAAAUUGGGAAUUCCUAAUAGAAAAGAUAGGCAAUCUUAUGAGAAAAUAACUGAGAUCAGGACCCAGCCUGCCUUCAUUAAGUCAGCCAGGAUGUUCAAGAAGUUUGUAAUAUCUAACAACCAGAGAGUCCCAAUCUUUCUUAAAAAUACAGACCUUCAAUAA